AUGAAUCCACCAAACCUCAAUCCCGACACUCCCCCUCCUCCUCCUCCCAAACCCAGCAGCCACGAGGCUAGCCGUGGAGGGACCCCCCAGAUCCAUUCCCCAGCGACUCCCCAGAUGAGCACAAAUCGAUACCCUUCGCCGGCCAUGGCAAACCUCCAGCCAGAUGUUCUGCCUCGACCUCCCACCGUCGAAGAGGGCUGGCUACCUGACGGCGUGAAAGACAAAUCAACUGUCGACCUACAAACCAUCCUCAAAGAUCCCAAUCUCCUCUCCGCCCUCGCUAGUCGUCAUCCCUCCUAUGCAGCGCAUCAACAGCAGCUCCAGAACAUCCUCAAAUACAAUCAGGAUCUCGCAGCUCAUCUCCUAGACCUCCAAUCGCACCUGGACGAGCUCCGCGGCUCCACCGAAACCCUCCUCUUGACUCACCAAUCCCUCGAGGUCUCCUGGCGCAAGAAACAGACCGAGAUGGACGCUGCGCUGGCCCCGUGGUCGCCCAAGGCUCUCUACCAGCGACUGGCGGCGUCGAUCGCGGAGCAAGAGGCCGUAUGUCAUGCCGUGGAGGAGAGCUUCCUCGAGGAGGAGCACCACGGCCGCGCGACGGAGAAAGAGGUUGCAGACUGGAUCCGGCGAGUGCGCGCAGAGACCGCGAAGUUAGCUACGCGCGCCGAGGCGAAGGCACGGUGGGAUGAAGGGCGAGUGGGCGGAUGGCGAUGA